AUGUUUCCGUCCCUCCUUAAUCAUUAUCAAGUCGCAAAGCUGGAGGCGGAGAUGUUUCGAGUGCAGGUGUUGAUCAGCUAUGAGAGGAUUGAAGUAUACAGAGACCACACACUGAUAUACGAGAGGACGGGAGUGUUGACACAUGGGUUCAAGAGUCACGCUGGGGUCCACGUUGUGGUGCUACAUCCCACCCGUGGACACAUUAUGCUCUCACGACAGUUCAUCACUCACCAGCCUGCAGAGUACCGUAACCUGGUCACCUGUCUUCAGUCACUCCUUCCUGGCCGCAUCCUGGUGGUGGCCGCUGUGCCCGAGGCGCUGGCAUUCCUGCCCGAGGAGGCCGCGGAGCAACUGGAAGCUAUGGGCUCUUCCAUGAUACGUAACUUAGCAACCUUUGAGGCGUGGGCCAUGGUAUCCCACACGCCCUCCUCCACCCACGCUCCUUCCAUUACCCUCACAACCUCAGCUGCCCACUUCACCACCACUCUUCACAUGCCCAGGGGCACCACUGCAACACCUUCCAUCCAUAUGCGGUCAACAAAGAGUGUACCUUCAAGCUACCACCACAUACAACCAUCCACCAACUAUGAGUUUGGUAUGACAGGUGUGUGGUGCAGGUGGCACGAGGAUCCAAGUAUGCAGGAGCAGCGGGACUUCUGCGACACAUAUGAAGGAUACCUGAAGCUGUGUAUGUGUAACUCUCCCAUCACUCCAGCAUUCAGACACUCUGCCCCGGAGAUCAAGAUGAAUGAGACCAUUCCUGUGGCUAUGCUCACUGCAAUCAAGCCCUUCAAUUUUUACAGACAGUUACUGAACCUGCUGGAGACUCCUGGAGCUUCCCAGACCCCCAUCCUGGUGAUGGUUGAUGGCUAUCAUGAGGAGGUCAUACAGCUUGCUCGCCUCUUCAGACUGGACGUUCUGGUACACCGGCCGCAGGGCGAGGCGGGAUCUUCUACGCUUCUCAACAUGCAUUUCAGGUUCUCUGUCCACAACGUGUUCAACUUCUUCCCCGAGGUGGACAAGGCUAUCAUCUUGGAAGACGACCUCCUUCUCUCUCCUGACUUCCUCUCUUUCUUCCAGCAGACUGCCUGGCUGCUGGAUGCUGACCCGACCAUCCACUGCGUGAACUCCUUCUCCGUCAACAGCUACCCGGAAGUGGCUCAUGAUCCCACGGUCCUAAGACGACUAGAGAUGUUUCCUCAGUUCGGCUGGAUGAUCAAGCGCCAGUGGGCAAGAGAACAGUACGAGCGAUGGAUUCCUGAGAAAGAGACCGCUGACUGGGACUGGUGGUUGUCCUCGGAACACUCCAUGCAGGGUCGCCAUGCCCUUGUGCCCGAGGUAGGGAGGAGCUUCCAUGCAGGGGCAGCUGGUGCCCACGUCACGGGCUGGGCACAGGAACACAUCUUCAAUCACAUGAUCUACAACCAAAAUCCUCAUGUCAAGCUUAAGGGGCUGGAAGAUCUCACACUGCACCGCUAUGAGGCCAAGAUGAAGAGGGAGAUACUAGCAGCCCAGGAAGUGCACUUCAUACAACACCCUUGCUCGCACCCAUUCCUACCACAAGACCAGCCUGGACCUUUCAAGUUGUUCGUUGCCUCGGAUACGAAGAGUGAUGAAUACGGCUCCUACUACGUCAUGCAGUUGGUGAGCACUAUUGCUUUAUAUGUUCUCUGGAAUAUACAGGCCAAGAGCUGCUAG